AUGUCUGCCUCUCAGACCCUCUGCGAGAACAUGAUCAGCACUCAGCAGGUCCGCCAACGUUCUGCGAGCGUCUCUAGCCAGCUGUCUGUGACAUUGCGCUCGAGCGAUGUGACCGAGACGACGGAACCCACUCUUACAACAGAUAAUCUGGCACAGUUUCCGAAGAAAGUGACAGGCGACCUGGUCUGGUCUGGUGCAGACGCUUCUGCACCCACCCACCAUGUAAUCCAGCUUGAUACGGCUGAUGUGCUAGAGAUUGAGAAUGCGGUUGCCUCGUUCAAAGGUAUUCUUCGCAACAAUGAAGCCCAGGAACUCCACGGUGAUAAAGUCAGCUGCGAGACAUUCCCCCUCUCGGACAACCUGAGCGCCCGCCUCCGUGGUGCAUCUGAUGCCGUCCACAACAAGCAGGGCUUCUGCGUUCUGAGGGGCCUUGAGGCUGCCAAGUACUCUCCCGAGGACAACACGCUGAUCUACCUGGGAACUGCCAGCUAUAUUGGCAACAUUCGUGGGAUCCAGGAUAGCAAUGGAAAUAUGCUGAGCCAUGUCACGUCCGUCAAAGCCUGGGAGUCUCUCCCUGAUAGGCUUCGUCAUGGCGUUCACACCAACAAGAGCAUGCCAUUCCACAACGAUAUGGGUGCCGAUAUUCUUUGUCUGCACUACCGCCAGGUGGCCAAGGAGGGUGGCUUCAUCCAUCUGUCUUCGGUUUCCACCAUCUACAACGAGCUCGCAGCCAACUUUCCCAGGGUCCUCGAGGUGUUGGCCACCCCGAACUGGCCCAUUCAGAUUACCAAAACCCGUCUUCGCCACUUCCUAGCGUCUCUCAUCUCGUACCAUGAUGGCAAGGUCAUGGCAAGCCUCGACCCAGGCCGCCUGGGCCGACAACAGGCCAACCCGGAGCAUGUCCCCAGCAAGGCCAACACAGGCGCAGCGUCUUCGCUGCUCCGCGUGCCUACCCUCACCCGAACCCAGCGCGACGCCCUGGCCGUCUUUGACCAGCUGGCCCACAAGCACAAGAUCUCUGUCAGCAUGCAGGCCGGGGACAUUCUCCUUGUCAACAAUCUGGCUCUGGUGCAUGCGCGCGAUGCCUACACUGACGAAGAGGUCGCCGGCGGUCAGCGCCGCCACGCCGUCCGCAUGUGGCUCCAUGAUGAAAAGCUCGCUUGGUCACGCCCGGCGGGCAUGCGGGUGCCGUGGCUCGCCGCGUUCGGCUAUCACUUCAAGCCGCAGGGCUCCCUGGGCGAUGAGGCAGAGGAUGGUAUCUCUGCGCGGGCUCGCCGCGUGGUCAACCGCAAGUAUCCCAUUGUUCCCGCUGUCGACUACCGUAUCCCCAAGUACACGGCUGGCUCUGCAGCGUUUGUUCUCGACAGCAGUGACGACGAGGCUGAGUACCUCGAUGACGACAGCGACUGGGAGUGA